GUUGGGAACUGGUAGGGAGUGCGGGUGGAGCAGGCCUGAGGCAAAAGUUUCUCGAGCCCCAGGAUGAGGGUGCGCCUGGGCGGUAGGAACGCUUGGGACAAGUGCUGAAGGGAGCACGCCAACGAGCGGGGCCCCGGCGCAUCACAUCAGCCGCCCGGGUGCUUUAGUCGCGUCACUGCUCUGGACCCCGCCCGCUUAUCCGCUGCCUCUCCUCAGGACCAUAAUCAUGAUGCUGCUCCAUCCCAAGCCUGGCAGGUUACAAAACGGCUUUCCUAUUCUUCCGCUCUUGUGAUUCCCGCUCCCGCCCAACGAUGUGGACGCUGUCAUCGCCUCCACUUUACAGAUGGGAAAGCUAAGGCCCAGAGAAGCGAGGUGACUUUUAUCUGUCCAGGGCCACGCGCACUUCGGAGGCCAUAGCACACAAGUUGGUGGUGAUGACAGAGCCCUUGUUGGACUCACAGCCAGCCAACAGUGCUGGAGAGAUGGAUGGACUGUGCCCUGAGCUAUUGCUGAUCCCCCCACCUCUCUCUAACCGUGGACUCCUGGAGCCUGUCCAGAGCCCCUGUCCUUCUGGAAACCCUCCACCUUUGCCUGCUGACCCAGGCUGCCUGCUGGUAGAGGCCACAGCAACUGAAGAGGACACAGGGAAUAUGGAGAUCAUUGUGGAAGCAGUAGCUGGAAACCUGUCCCCAAGUGCUCCUGGAGAGACCCCAGGUGUCCUGGUAAAGGUGGUGGAGGUGUACUUCUGUGAGCACUGUGAGCAGAGCUUCGCAGAGCCCGCUCUGCUGGCCCUGCACCAGUGCACUGAGACCAUUAUACAGCCUGUGCAUGGCCUCACUAGCCCCCCAUGCUCUGUAGAGCUGCCCCGCAGCAACCUCACUCUUCCUGGCCCUCUACAGGGCCAGAGCCCACCAAAUAGCCCCCUGCCAUGCCCUGUGUGUAGACAGGAGUUUGCCCAACCUCAGGCCCUGAAGAGCCACUUCAAGAUUCACCGGGGCACUCCCGACACCUUCUCCUGCCCAGAGUCUGGCUGUGUGUUCUCCGCUCAAGAUCGCAAGGGUCUACAGCACCACCUGAGGCAGACCCACAGAGCGCUUCCUGUGCCCUGUUCUUUCCGGGGCUGCCCCCUGCUCUUCGGGAGCCAGCAGGGCAUGGAGCUGCACCGGCAGGCCCAUUAUCCUUUCCACUGCAACCACUGCAGCUUCGUGGGCUCCAACAUCAAACUCUUCCGGCAGCAUCAGCGGAGCCAUGGAGCCGGGACACAGGGAGGACUGUCUGCUGUUCAGGGUCUUCCAUCCCAGGAGCUGCUGCCAGCUCCCAGACUGUCCCCAGGAGAGGGAGAGCCUUCAGAGGAAGCAGGAACACCCAUGCCUGGGCAGGAUUCAGCUGAAGAGGAGGACGUAGAGGAAGAAGAAGAGAGUGGCAGCCAGAAGAACUCUCAGAAAGCCCUGGGGAAAGGCCAGGGGGCUCAGCAAUUGGAGGGGGAUGCGGCUUCUGGCACCGAGUCUCUCUUCAAGACCCACAUGUGUCCAGAAUGCAAGCGCUGCUUCAAGAAGCGGACCCAUCUGGUGGAGCACCUACAUCUUCACUUCCCAGACCCCAGUCUCCAGUGCCCCAACUGCCAAAAGUUCUUCACUAGUAAGAGCAAGCUCAAGACCCACCUGCUGCGGGAGCUGGGCCAGAAGGCCCACCGCUGCCCACUGUGCCACUACAGCGCAGUGGAGAGGAAUGCACUCAACCGCCACAUGGCCAGCAUGCAUGAGGACAUUUCCAACUUCUACUCAGAUACCUAUGCCUGUCCUGUCUGCCGUGAGGAGUUCCGCCUCAGCCAGGCCCUUAAGGAGCACCUCAAGAGCCACACCGCGGCAGCAGCAGCAGAGCCGCUGUCCCUCCACUGCUUUCAGGAGGGCUGCAGCUUUGCGGCACCUGACCGGAAGGCCUUCGUAAAGCACCUGAAGGAGACCCACGGGGUGCGGGCCGUGGAGUGCCGCCAUCACUCGUGUCCCAUGCUCUUCGCUACGGCGGAAGCCAUGGAGUCCCACCACAAAAGCCACUAUGCCUUCCACUGCCCCCACUGCGACUUCGCCUGCUCCAACAAGCACCUGUUCCGCAAACACAAGAAGCAGGGCCACCCUGGCAGUGAAGAGCUGCGCUGCACCUUCUGCCCGUUUGCCACCUUCAACCCGGUGGCCUACCAGGACCACGUGGGCAAGAUGCAUGCUCAUGAGAAGAUCCACCAGUGUCCUGAGUGCAACUUUGCCACUGCCCACAAGAGGGUGCUUAUCCGCCACAUGCUGCUGCAUACCGGCGAGAAACCGCACAAGUGUGAGCUGUGCGACUUCACCUGCCGAGAUGUAAGCUACCUAUCCAAGCACAUGCUGACCCACUCCAACACCAAGGAUUACAUGUGCACUGAGUGUGGCUAUGUCACCAAGUGGAAGCACUACCUCAGUGUGCACAUGCGGAAACACGCAGGGGACCUCAGAUACCAGUGCAACCAGUGCUCCUAUCGCUGCCACCGGGCUGAUCAGCUGAGUAGCCACAAGCUGCGGCACCAGGGCAAGUCCCUGAUGUGUGAAGUGUGUGCCUUUGCUUGCAAGCGGAAGUAUGAGCUGCAGAAGCACAUGGCUUCCCAGCACCACCCCGGAACGCCAGCCCCUCUCUACCCCUGCCGCUACUGCAGCUACCAGAGCCGCCACAAGCAGGCGCUGCUGAGCCAUGAGAACUGUAAGCAUACCCGCCUCCGCGAGUUCCGCUGCGCCCUCUGUGACUACCGCACCUUCAGCAACACCACCCUCUUCUUCCACAAGCGCAAGGUCCAUGGUUAUGUGCCUGGGGACCAAGUCUGGCAGCUCCGCUGUGCCAGCCAGGAGCCAGAGGAUGCCACGCAGUGCCCAACACCCUCACCAGACUCAGAGCGGUCAAGCCAGCUGUCUGCCCAGCCUGAGGGGCCAGACCAUGACCCUGGGACUAUGGUGGACCCCAGCUUGGACCAGGCCCUGCCAGAGGUCAGCGAGGAAGACAGUGCCAGGAGACAGGACAGCAAUGAGGUUUCCCAAGGGGAUGACCUGGUUGGCAGCCCCAGUCCAGCGGCGGUGGAUGAAGGCAGCUGCACACUACACUUAGAGGCCCUGGGAGUGGAACUGGAACCUGUGGCCGACCCACCCCUUGAGGAGAUCACUGAAACUGCCCCCGUGGAGUUCAGGCCUCUGGAUCCCUCUGGGCCCCUGAGCCUAGAAGGGCCAGAUAGAACUUUGACAGAGUUGUCUACCUUUGAAAGUGCUGGAACUUCUGGCAUGAGUGUUGAAGAAGAGCCCAUUCUGGAAAAGCCAGACUCUGAGCCCCCUAGAAAUCCUCCUUCCUCAGAGGAGCCCCCUAACAGAUGGAUGGGAACCUUGAAGGCAACUCCACCCACCGAGACAGCACCCCUGCCCCAGUUCCCUGAAUCAGAGUCAUUACUCAAGGCCCUAAGGAAGCAGGACAAAGAACAGGCAGAGGCGCUGGUGUUGGAGGGGCGGGUUCAGAUGGUAGUGAUACAGGGAGAGGGGCGGGCUUUCCGUUGCCCGCACUGCCCUUUCAUCACCCGCCGGGAGAAGGCCCUGAAUCUGCACUCCAGGACUGGGUGCCAGGGCCGCCGAGAGCCCCUGCUGUGUCCUGAGUGUGGGGCCAACUUCAAGCAACAGCGUGGCCUCAGCACCCACCUGCUGAAGAAGUGCCCUGUUCUGCUCAGAAAGAACAAGGGCUUGCCCAGACCAGAUUCACCCAUCCCUCUGAAUCCUCUGCCCUCAGACACCCAGGCCUCAGAGGACGCAGAAGGUGGGAAGCCCCCACCUGCACCAUUAGAAGUAGAGGUUUUGCUAGCAAAAGAUGCUCCUUCUGAGCUUCCUGGAGAGCCAGAAAAGACAGAAGAGCCUCGUGCCACUCUCUCUGGCUCCACAGCCCUUCCUGCAGUAAACUCCUCACCCACAGAGGCCCCUGAGAAGUUCCGCUUUGAGCAGGGCAAAUUUCACUGCAACUCCUGCACAUUCCUUUGUUCUCGGCUCUCCUCCAUUACCUCUCAUGUGGCUGAAGGCUGCCGGGGUGGCCGUGGUGGGGGAGGAAAGCGAGGAGCCUCCCAGACCCAGCCUGUUGUGUCCCCACUAAGCAGCGGGGACUCUGCUCCCCUAAGCAGUGGAGAUACAGAGUGUGGCCCUGGUGAUGGAGAUACGGCUCUGGUUCCAAAGCAGAAGGGGGCUCGCUUCUCCUGCCCCACGUGCCCCUUUAGCUGCCAGCAGGAGCGGGCUCUGAGGACUCACCAGACCCGGGGCUGCCCCCUUGAGCCAUCUGGAGAGCUGCACUGUGGCCUCUGCCCGUUCACUGCUCCUGCUGCUGCUGCCCUGAGGCUCCACCAGAAGCGGAGGCACCCCACUGCAGCCCCGGCCCGCAGCCCCCGGCCCCCUCUUCAAUGUGGGGACUGUGGCUUCACCUGUAAACAGAGCCGGUGCCUACAGCAGCACCGGCGGCUCAAGCAUGAGGGAGUGAAGCCACAUCAAUGCCCUUUCUGUGACUUUUCCACCACCAGGCGGUACCGGUUGGAAGCUCACCAGUCCCGACACACAGGUAUUGGCCGCAUCCCUUGUAGCUCCUGUCCCCAGACAUUUGGUACCAACUCAAAACUGCGCUUGCACCGGCUGAGGGUACAUGACAAAACACCCACCCACUUCUGUCCUCUCUGUGACUAUAGUGGCUACCUUCGCCAUGACAUCACUCGCCAUGUCAACAGCUGCCACCAGGGCACCCCAGCCUUUGCCUGCCCCCAGUGUGAGGCCCAGUUCAGCUCUGAGACGGCACUCAAGCAGCAUGCUCUGCGCCGGCAUCCCGAGCCGGCACCGCAAGCCCCUGGCUCUCCCACAGAGGCCACCGAGGGCCCCCUGCACUGCUCCCGCUGUGGGUUGCUGUGCCCCAGCCCCGCCAGCCUGCGAGGCCACACCCGGAAACAGCACCCACGGCUUGAAUGUGGGGCCUGUCAGGAGGCCUUCCCCAGCCGGCCAGCACUGGAUGAGCACCGGAGGCAGCAGCAUUUCAGCCACCGCUGCCAGCUCUGUGACUUUGCUGCCCGGGAGCGGGCAGGCCUGGUGAAGCACUACUUGGAACAGCAUGAGGAGACUUCAGCAGCAGCAGCAGCAGCAGCCUCAGCUGAGGAUGGAGAUGCUGGCCAGCCCCCCUUGCGCUGCCCCUUUUGUGACUUUGCGUGCCGCCAUCAGCUGGUGCUGGACCACCACGUGAAAGGGCAUGGGGGUACCCGGCUCUACAAGUGCACUGACUGUGCUUACAGCACCAAGAACCGGCAGAAGAUCACCUGGCAUAGUCGCAUCCACACUGGGGAAAAGCCUUACCGUUGUCACCUCUGUCCCUAUGCCUGUGCUGACCCUUCUCGCCUCAAGUACCAUAUGCGGAUUCACAAGGAGGAACGGAAGUAUCUCUGCCCUGAUUGUGGCUACAAGUGCAAGUGGGUCAACCAGCUCAAGUACCACAUGACCAAGCACACAGGACUGAAGCCAUACCAGUGCCCUGAGUGUGAGUACUGUACCAACCGGGCUGACGCACUGCGAGUGCACCAGGAGACGCGCCACCGGGAAGCUCGGGCCUUCAUGUGUGAACAGUGCGGCAAGGCCUUCAAGACGCGCUUCCUACUGCGCACCCACCUCCGCAAGCACAGCGAGGCCAAGCCCUACGUGUGCAACGUGUGCCACCGCGCUUUCCGCUGGGCCGCGGGCCUCCGCCAUCACGCCCUCACACACACCGACCGCCACCCCUUCUUCUGCCGCCUCUGCAGCUACAAGGCCAAGCAGAAAUUCCAGGUGGUCAAGCACGUGCGCAGGCACCACCCUGACCAGGCUGACCCAAACCAAGGCGUGGGCAAAGACCCCACCACCCCCACAGUGCACCUGCAUGAUGUGCAGUUGGAGGACCCCAGCCCUCCUGCUCCUGCUGCUCCCCAAACUGGACCUGAGGGCUGAGAGUGCCUUCCCUGCCCACCGCCCCCCCACCAUUCCCCAAACUUCCCAGACAAGAAGAGGGUGUGAGCCAAGAUGUGCAGACUGGAACCAGAGCUAGCCUGAGGAGCUCAGAGCAGAAGGAAGGGCUGGCGUCAGGGUGUCAGAGGCUGGAACCCUCCUGGGACUCUGGAUGUAGUACUUGGAAGUUGACAUAAAAGACAUGGACCACA